AUGGAAGUCCGCUGCAAGCUGUUCAUGGGAACACUCAAGAAGGCGGCGCUUGAUUGGUUUAGUGGCCUCCCUAACCGAUCCAUCACCGACUUCGAUGUCUUCAGUCGGCUGUUUAUGGCACAAUUCGCUGCUAACAACAAGAAGCCACCAAUCACAUCAGAUUUAUUUGACCUUAAGCAGCAACGGGAAGAAUCAUUGAAGGAUUUUCUUCAAAGGUUCAAUGAGGUCGCCUUAAGAAUAGCAUCCUUGGACGAGAGGAUGGAGGUCAUUGCGUUCCAGAAGGGCCUGAGGUCUGGAGCUUUCAACAUCGCGUUGGAAAGAGCAAAUUGCCAGACCAUGUCGGAGGAUGACACCAGGAGGGAUAGGCGUAGAGAGAGAACUCCUCCCAGAGACACGCCAGAAAAGGUGUUAGAAACCCAUCAGCAGCCCAUCCACAGGGAUUUCAAUACCAUAGCAGGGGGCUUCGCCGGCGGGGGAGCUACCUCUGCUGCCCGAAAGAGGUACUCUCAAUCGGUGCUAACAGUAUCAGAAUUCAGGCGACCACCUCAACCUGAGAUUUCGUUCUCAGACUCGGAUUACGAAGGAGUAGCUCCUCAUGAGGACGACCCCGUCGUCAUAUCGACGAUUGUCAUGGGGUACAAUGUGAAGCGUGUGUUGAUCGACCAGGGAAGUUUCGCAGACAUUUUAUUCUGGGAAUCUUUCGAGGGGAUGAAAAUACCUAACGACCGACUAAUUCCUUAUGCAGGGACUCUAGUGGGUUUUGUAGGAGACCAGGUCAUAGCAAGGGGAUAUGUCAAUCUGGAGAUGACCUUCGGCCAGGGUGCUCAGAUGAAGACGGUGGUCGCUCGGUAUUUGGUGGUCAAUGCUCAAUCAUCCUACAGCAUACUGAUCGGCAGGCCGACCCUGAACAAGCUAGGAGCGAUAGUGUCUACUUCCCAUUUGAAGGUAAAGUACCCGUUGCUGAGCGGUGCUGUGGGAACUCUCAAAGUGGACCAGGAGGUUGCUCGGAAAUGCUACGGUGAUAGUUUAAAGGCACAAAGGAAACUGUAUACCGCGCAGGUCGAGCAGGAGGUCCACUCCAUCGGUUUAGACCCUAGAGUGAGCCAUUUUGAUCGCCAACUAGCCCCUACUGAGGACAUUAAGGAAGUGACGUUGGCGGAAGGAAAGAAAGUGAAGGUUGGUACGUCCCUGAGCCAGGAGGACGCAAAGAAAUUGGUUGAAGUAUUGAAAGCAAACAUGUCGGCAUUCGCGUGGCACGUCAAAGAUAUGCCAAGAGUAGACCCCGACUUCAUGUGCCACAAGCUAGCCAUUGAUCCACGUGCGAAGCCAGUUAUCCAGAAGAGAAGGAAGUUUGGCGAGAACAAGCGUAAAGCCAUUGCUGAAGAGACCGACAAGUUACUGACAACGGGAUUCAUACGAGAAAUACAAUACCCGAUCUGGCUUGCAAAUGUCGUGAUGGUACGUAAAAGCAGUGGAAAGUGGAGAAUGUGCACAGAUUUCACUGAUCUAAAUAAGGCAUGCCCGAAGGAUUUGUACCCCCUGCCGAAUAUAGACUGCCUCAUUGAUGGUGCGUUGGGGUAUGAACUGCUAAGUUUCAUGGAUGCGUAUUCCGGUUAUAAUCAGAUCCGAGUGCACCCAGCCGAUGAGGAUAAAACCGCGUUCAUCGCCGACCAGGCCAACUAUUGCUACAAGGUAAUGCCUUUUGGUUUGAAGAAUGCAGGUGCGACGUAUCAGCGUUUAAUGGACAAGGUGUUGGUGGACCAGCUGGGAAAAUAUCAGCUCAAGUUGAACCCUGAGAAAUGUUCUUUUGGAGUCCAAGCGGGAAAAUUCCUCGGUUUCUUGCUAACUCAUCACGGCAUCGAGGCAAAUCCUGAGAAGUGCUCGGCGAUCAUCAACAUGAGGAGUCCUUCCACGGUGAAGGAGGUUGAGCAGCUCACGGGAAGGAUGGCUUCAUUAUCUCGUUUCCUGUCCAAGUCAACCGACAAGGCGUUACCGCUUUUCCAAUGCCUAAGGAAGAACGAUCGAUUCGCAUGGACAAAAGAGUGCGAGGAAGCCUUCACAGAACUCAAGAGAUCGCUAGCAUCGCCGCCGAUCCUGAAAAAACCGCGGCUGAAUCUUCCCCUAUUGAUUUACAUAUCGGCAUCUGACCGAGCAGUCAGUGCAGUGCUGGUCCAAGAGCAGGAAGGCACUCAAGUUCCGGUAUAUUUCGUGAGUCGGGUCCUACAAGGCAUAGAAGCAAGGUAUCAGAAGAUUGAAAAAUUGGCUCUUGCAAUACUAGUUACAGCGCGGAAGUUAAGACACUAUUUCCAGAGUUAUGAAGUGAUAGUCCGUACUGACCAUCCGAUUAUACAAGUAUUACAGAAGCCCGACCUGGCAGGAAGGAUGAUGAAGUGGUCUAUAGAGCUAUCGAAGCAUUCCAUCAAAUAUGAGCCAAGAGGAGUAAUCAAAGCUCAAGCAAUAGCCGACUUCGUGAUGGAGCUGACCGCGCCCGCCGAUGAGGGUGAGGUCGGAGAGACGCAGUGGAUCUUGUCAAUGGAUGGAGCAUCAAACCUUGGAGGAAGUGGAGCAGGAAUCGUCUUGGAAGGACCGAGAGGAAUUUUGUUGGAACAAUCAUUGCGCUUCAAAUUUCGAGCAAGCAAUAACCAGGCCGAGUACGAGGCAUUGUUGGCUGGCAUGGCAUUGGCAAAGGAAAUGAGGGCGGCGAGUUUGUCGGCACGAAACGACUCUCAAUUGAUCACGGGGCAGGUAGCAGGCACUUUCCAAGCAAAGGACCCUCAAUUGGCUAAGUACUUGGAAAAAGUUAAGCUCCUAUCAGAGAAUUUCUGA